AUGGACGCCAAACUAGUCUGCGAUUUCGAGACCCUAGCGCGCGGCGAUGGCGCCCUGGUAGGAGGAAAGAAUUCUUCUCUGGGUGAAAUGAUCUCCAGCCUCCAAGCAGAGGGGAUCGCCGUGCCGCCCGGUUUCGCGACCACAUCACACGCAUACUGGGGCUAUAUCAGCUUCAACGGACUCCACAAGACGAUCGUUGAACUCAUUGCAAAAUGGGAAUCCGGCAGCGCGAGCCUCGCAGAGACAGGGCAUGCCAUCCGGAGUCGAUUCCUGCAUGGCUCCUGGCCCGAGGAGACGGCUGCGGCCAUUCGGGAGGCCUACCAUAAGCUCAGCAAGAAAGCUGGAGUCAGUUCUGACUUGGCAGUUGCGGUGCGGUCCAGCGCGACGGCGGAAGAUUUGCCGGAUGCGAGUUUCGCGGGCCAGCUCGAGUCGUAUCUGAAUAUUUCUGGGGAAGAUGCGGUGCUGAGUGCGUGUCGGCGGUGCUAUGCGUCUCUCUUCACGGACCGGGCGAUCAGCUAUCGGCAGGCCAAGGGAUUUGAUCAUCUUAGCGUCGCGCUCUCGAUUGGAGUUCAGCGCAUGGUUCGGGCUGAUGCGGGCGGGUCUGGGGUGAUGUUCUCGAUUGAUACGGAGAGCGGGUUUGACAGGGUGGUCCUGAUCAACGCGGCAUGGGGGCUUGGUGAAAAUGUGGUGCAGGGCGUUGUCGACCCCGAUGAGUAUCAGGUCUUCAAGCCGCUUCUGGGCAAUGACAAGCUCGUCCCGAUCAUCGAGAAGAAGUGUGGUGAGAAGGCAGUCAAGAUGGUGCUGGGCAACAAGCUUCACCUUGGGAACAACACGCCAACCUGCAACGUGCCGACCUCGAAAGCUGAGCGAGCUGCCUUUGUGCUCAGUGAUAAGGAGAUCCUACAGAUUGCACGAUGGGCUGUUAUCAUUGAAAACCAUUACAAGUGCCCGAUGGACAUGGAAUGGGCCAAGGACGGCAUCACCGGCGAGUUGUUCAUCGUCCAGGCCAGGCCAGAGACUGUCCACUCGCGCCGUGAUAUCGCCGUCUUUAAAACCUACCACGUCAGUCAAAAAGGCCGCGUUUUGACUACUGGCCUCUCCAUCGGGGAUGCAGCCGUUGCCGGACGAAUCUGCCUCAUCGAAUCGGCCAAAGACAUCCACCAUUUCAUCGACGGCUCGAUCCUGGUCACCGAAACCACCGACCCAGAUUGGGUACCCAUCAUGAAACGGGCAGCGGCGAUCAUCACCGACCAUGGCGGCCGCACCUCGCACGCCGCAAUCGUCAGUCGGGAACUCGGCGUGCCAGCCAUCGUGGGCACAGGGAAUGCCACCUACGUGCUGCACACAGGCCAGCAAGUAACCGCGUCCUGCGCCGAAGGCACCAACGGCUUCGUGUACGACGGCACCGCAUCCAUCAAAACCCAAACCAUCAACCUAAACAGCCUCCCCACCGUACGCACCCACGUCAUGCUCAAUCUCGCCAACCCCGCCGCAGCAUACCGAUGGUGGCGCCUCCCAGCCGACGGCAUCGGGCUGGCGCGGAUGGAAUUCGUCGUGACAAACACAAUCCGCGUGCACCCGAUGGCGCUCAUCCACUACGACCAUCUGAAGGACGCCUCGGCGAGGAAAGAAAUCGCCACGAUCACCGCAGGCUACGACUCGAAACCGGAGUACUUCGUCGACAAGCUCUCGCGCGGCUUCGCGGCGCUCUGCGCCCUCGUCUACCCCGAACCAGCCAUCAUCCGCAUGAGCGACUUCAAGACAAACGAGUACGCCGGGCUCGUUGGGGGUGCUGAGUUCGAGCCAAAGGAGGAGAACCCCAUGCUUGGGUUCCGCGGUGCGUCGCGCUACUACUCGCCGCAGUACAUGGAGGGGUUUGCGCUGGAGUGUCGCGCCAUCAAGCGGCUGCGUGAGAAGCUGGGUUUCACUAACGCCGUCGUGAUGAUCCCGUUCUGUCGCACGGCGGGUGAGGCGAAGAAGGUGUUGGAUGUGCUGGCGGAGAAUGGGCUGAGGCGUGGUGAGGGUGGUCUGCGCGUCUAUGUUAUGUGCGAGAUCCCGAGUAAUGUGAUUCUGGCGCGGCAGUUCACGGAGUUCUUUGAUGGGAUGUCGAUUGGCUCGAAUGAUCUGACGCAGCUGACGCUUGGGGUUGAUCGGGAUUCUGGAGAGCUGGCGGGGUUGUUUGAUGAGCAGGACGAGGCUGUCAAGUGGAUGAUUGAGCGGGCGAUUGCGGCGGCGAGAGAGGCCGGUUGCGAGAUCAGUCUGUGUGGGCAGGCGCCCAGUGACCAUCCGGAGUUCGCGCGGUUCCUGGUCCAAGCGGGCAUUACCUCGGUCUCGGUGAGUCCGGACAGCUUCAUUGCGGUGAAGAUGAAUAUCGCUGCCAGUGAGGGUGCAUAA